GAAGUUGAACUGGAAUUCAGUGACAUGGAAGGCGGCUCUGCAGGACUGCGGUGACAUGGCGUCCGUACAGCCCGCCACCUCUGUCUUCUUCCAGCUGUUCCAGGCGCACUGCGGCCACUCAGACUUGGGACAGAUAAAUGUAAACUGGUUCGAGGAACUGACCAGAGAGGCCAUACGUCUUCAGCCCAGGCUACAUGAGGAUGAGGAGAAGAGAGGAGGCCGGCAGGAUACCAGUCUCUUCAAGACCCCGCAGCACAAGCGGUCUCUCUGCAGCCAGUUAGAGUCCACCCCGUCUAUUUUCAGAGAGCAGAGUUUAUGCUCCCCCCUCUUCCGGUCACCGACAAAAGAUCAUGAGAAAAGUCACGUCUCAGCGGAAUUUUUUUUUAGAAAUGUUUUGGCGACAGAGCUGAGCCCGGAUACUUCUGCAAUACCACCUAAUGAAACCUUUGGCACUUCAAGUAGAUAUUUAGCUGACAGCCCUGUUGUCAUGAAGCAGUUGUUUAAGGCCCCCUUUGGGGAUGGAAAAUACCUGCACACAACGCCGCGGCAAGAUCGAAAGUUUGAUAUGUCUGAUAGUUUAUUGUGCACACCUCAGUUAAUCAGGGACCAAAGCUCGAGGUGUAUAUCAGAAAGUCUAGGUGUAGAAGCAGAUCCUGAGAUGUCCUGGUCAAGUUCCUUAGCUACACCACCCUCUCCGACUGUGAUCAUUGCGCAAGCUAAAGAAGAAGUUUGUAAACUGAGGAAAUAUGACAGAGAAGAUGUACUGAUUGUGCACAGUCUCUUCUCCAAGAAGAAUAAUGUUGCAGAAGCUGUUUCUUCAGCAGCCCCUGACACAAAGACGGACAGGGACAGCACAAAGUUUGCAAAAACUAUGACUAACGAAAACAUGGAAAAGUCAUCUGACUAUCUGAAGGCUCAGCAGAAGAAAACCGUUGUGAAUGCCGUUGGAGAUGGGGAAGCAUGCCAAGUGGUUGAGAAUGCAAUUGAAGGAAUGGAAGAUGUUUUGUCAAUCUUUUUUACCAAUGAAAAACCACCAGAAUUGAGAAAAAUAAAAGUCGACCGACGAAUAAAAAGAAAAAUUAAACUAUUUAGUAGCGUGACUGGAAAAAAUGAUUCCUUAUCGAAAACACUGAGGAAGCAAACUACAACAUUCACUUCGGAGAACCUUAAGAUACCUAGCAAAUUACUAGAGCAGAAGGCUUGUUUGAGAGAGGUCUCUUUAUCUUAUGAGUGGACUCCUCUGAACCUCCCUGAUACAACACAAGAGGAAAACGUAGCUGUUGAAAUUGACGCUAGUAGUAAUACAAUGGAAAAUUCAACAUGUAAUGAUUCCCAGCUGCACAGGGAUGAGCACACAUCAAAAGCUUCUAAUGAGACCAAUAAGUGUGGUCAAGAUGGCCUUUUAAACUCUUCGCAAUAUAUGGAACACAAAGAGAAAUCUGAAGAGCGACUUCCUGAUGAUUCUGCAGGUGACAGCGAACCUCUUAUUUCAGGUGAUCUCUCAUUCUUUGCAACUGAAGGUGACUUUCCUUGGAAAAGCAGCAGUAUAGCAGAGCAGAAACAUAAACUGAUCCUAUCUACACUGAAAAAGCAGAACAGAUUUUUGUACAGCCUUGAAAUGGAUUAUCAGCAAUCUGAAACCACUGAGAAGAUGGAUACGACUCUGCACGGCGAACCUUCAAAGGGCCUGGAAACACCCGAUGCCCAGUCCAAAAGAUCGUUGGAUUUAAAGAAUGCUGCAUCGCCCCUGCCAGAAAUAAAGCAAGUUGAAAAGGACGAUGACUUUAAAGAUAACAGUGUGGGUUUCCAAGAAAUCUUGGAAGAAGAGGCUUUCUUAAAUAUCACGCAGACAGAUCCAACUGCAACCUCUGGGGUGAAAUCAGCUGUGUCCUCAGUUGCUGGUAAUUGCACAGAGCUCCAAGUGGCAAAAUCGGAGAGCAUUUCACAGAUAGAAUAUGAGGCAUCACAACACUCGGAAGGGAUGGUGGCUCACAGUAAUACCAAAGCCAGGGUCUUAGACUCUGUGACACGUGACCAUAGCGUACACGAGGAUCCUUAUACCUCAAGAAAGGAGUGUGAUUCCAUUUGCAGUACUCUGCACCCUGGAAAAGCAGAGUCUAAAUCCGCUAACAGGUCACUUGAUUUACCAGCAGAAAUAAAAAUGCUAAGUUUUGUAGGCUUUAAAACGGCAUCAAAUAAAAAAAUAGACAUUUCAGAAGAUAAUCUAAGAAAAGCCGAACUUCUCUUAAAAGAAGAUGAAGCUCUGCCCAUUUCAAACCCUGCUAAAGUUGUGACUGGAGACAAAAACUCUUUGAAUUUGAUGGACAGAACUGAUGAUACAAUGACACAUAUGGAAUUCCACAGAGCAUCACCUAAGGAAAUGGUCCCAGAAAGUAGAACUGCUAAAGUAAAUGUUUUAUUACAGGAAAUCUGUCAAACCCCAAGCAAAAGAUGUAAAACAAAUAAUACUCAUGACCAGACCACAACGGACAUAAAGCUGGAACACGAUGAAAUGACUGGCAGCGUUGAACCUAACGCUUCUAGGAACUUACCUGAGGUAUCACAUGAAGAUAUAAAGGAAGAAAACAAAACUGAAGUAGCAGCAAAUACCCGCAAGCAGCCCUGUUUAGACAGCAAGUCGAUAGGAGACAUAGGCUUUAAGGAAAAUUCUAUGCAGGUAUUGAACUUGCAAGGAAUAGAAUCUCACUUAUACGACGUCUUUACAGAAAGCCAAAAAGCUGAAAUCAAUGAACUUUCUUCUAUUUUAGAGAAUGCAGGCAGUCAGUUUGACUUUACACAGGUCAAGAAGCUAAAUCUGCUUGGAUUAGAUCAUGAAAAUAUGCAAAAUCCAAAGAAGAGCAUCAGCGAGUCUCAGAAGCUCAACACGUCAGAUGUCUGGGAAGAUGUGGACUUCAACGAUAGCUUUGCUACUGGAGAAGGAAAUCUAGAAGGCAACGUUUUGUGUGUCCUAUCAGAACCUGAAAACAAAAGCGACAUUAAGACAAAUGCUUGCAACAUCACAGAUAAUAAUGUGGGCUUCAAACGUGGGGAUGGAACCGUUAGUGGAUUUACCAGCGGUAAAUCUGUUAACAUUACUGAUGAAGAUUUAGUCAAAGCAAUAGAGAUGUUUAGUGAUUUAGAAGAAAAGGCAGAGGGGAAAAUGACCAAGACUGCGCAAGAUCUACACUGUUCACCUAGGCCCCAAACUGUCAGUGGUCCACACCUUACAGCUAAUGACAGGACUGCUACACAGUCUGUUAGUAAUGUGUCAAAUACAAUGCAAGCUACCACUUCACCAAAGCUUGCCCAGUCCAAAGAGAAAUACUUUUCAGAUAUUGAAUUCUACAGUAAUCAAGAAGAUGGUUGUAAGAGCAAGGAAAACCAUGCCACUAAAUUACAACCAAGAAGGGAGAGACCGAGUAGUGAGAGAAGUCUUUCAUUACUAGUUGAGGGUGUGCAAAAUUGUGACAUUGCUUCAAGUAGCUAUGAAAACUCUGCUUCCGCUUCAGGCUUGUCUACGAUGCCAGUUGGGUUUGCUACUGGAAAAGGCAAAGCAAUUAAUAUUAACAAAGCUACUUUAGAUAAAGCGAGAACUAUGUUCAGUGAUAUAUUGGAUUUGUCUGACCCAGGUGAGGAUCACUGCAGAACACCCCCAGUCCACGGACCCUCGGGUUUGUUAACAAAUGCACCUCAGGCUAAUAACACCUUUGCAGAAAAGGAAACACAUGGGCCAAGGUCUUACCAUGGUCCAGAGGUUUCCAGUAAAGAAAGCAAAGUGCCCAAAGUCAUUUUGGAUGGCCCUCCUCAGGAAGAAAACCAGAAAUUGCAUGUGUUAAGAAGAGAGUCAAGUCCUCUUUGGCAAGAUAAUCUAAUAUCAAACAGGUCAUUGUUCAGUACUGCAAGUGGCAAAUCUCUUCAGUUGUCUGAAGAGGGUUUAAAAAGGGCUUACAAGGUGUUUUCUGACGUAGAUGAUGUUCAUGUAGGAGAUCAACAAACAGGAAUUGUCUCGAGAGAACCUACAGUAAAUUCGGGUGGUUUGCUUGACUUAAAGAACAAGUCUGUGCUAGUAAAAGAAACCACGUUUAACUUUCCCCAACCAGGUUUUAGCACUGCAAAUGGUAAAUUUAUAGGUGUAUCUCAAAAAUGUCUCCAGAAAGCACGAGAACUAUUUUCUGACCUUGGAGAACCCAAUGAUUUAGAUGUUGGACAAAGAAAUCCAUCUAGUCAAAGCAUAGCACAAGUCCGAAGAAAUAAACCUUUGGUUAAUCAAGUCACAGCAGACGUCUGCUCUGAAAUAUUGGCAGAUUUACCACCCCUAGAAAAUCUCCCCAACAAAGAGAUGUCUAAUAAGACUUCUUCAGGUGAACAUGAAAUUCCUGAAAUGAGUGUAAUGUCUUUAAGCACUGCUGGUGGGAAAUCUAUUCUGCUCUCUGAAGACUCUUUGAGGAAAGCUCAAGGGAUGUUUAGCAAUAUAGAUGACAACCUCCCGCUAGACGAGGGAAAACGUGGUUCUUCAGUCAACCAAAUUGAGAGGAAAAAUCCCAAAUCUACCUUUCCUCCAUUAGGUUUCAGUACGGCAAGUGGUAGAGCCGUAGCAGUGUCUCUAAGUUCCGUCCAGAAAGCAAGACAGAUGUUUGCUGCUACUGUUGAUACUGUAUCAGACACAGGGCUUACAUAUCAAUCUACUAAGAGCCUGACUAGAAAGGAAGACACCCUAGAGCCUAACCAAUGCCUUCCAAUCAGUAAUGCAUCCAGUAGUCUAAAACCAGCUUUGGAUCAAUGUACUACUGAUCCCAAAGGAGUGGAUACAAGCAUGUGUUUUCCUCAGCAAGAGACCUCCAACAGAAAGAUGGCAUUUUUCAGCACAGCUAGUGGCAGUCAUGUUCAUUUGUCAAGUAAGGCUUUACAGAAAGCUAGAGAGAUGUUUGCUGAUUUAGAUGAUGGACAGGUAGACCAGCCUCUCCAAGAAAAUGUCAAGGAAAAAGCAGAAAUGAUGGAUUUCUCUAGUAAAAAUCCUGACAAUACUAUGCAAGUAAAUGCCCAAGGCGUCGCCUCGCUUUCUGUAGGAUUCAACACAGCAAGCGGAAAGACUGUGACAGUCUCGCAUGAUUCACUCCAAAAGGCAAAGCUGCUUUUUGCAGAUGCUGAUGAAAAAAUAGAUCCAGCAAACUCUUCACAGGACAAUACAACAAAGAAUAUAAACCAAAGAGAAGAAACUGGAGGCUUCUCUGUAGCCAGCAUGUGUCAAACAAGUAAGACAAGGUCUUCUGUGAGCAACUUUUCUUCUUCUGAAGGUAACGAGUGCGGAAACAACACUAGAGAGCCAGUGGUGGAAGAUGGUUGUGUACCCAAGACGCCAUGUUUUAGCACAGCUGGCGGUAAAACGGUGACUGUGUCCAAGGAGUCGUUGAAGAGGGUACGAGAAAUAUUUUCUGAAGUAGAUAACCACUGCUCAUCCCAGCAUGAUGCCACUGUAGAUAUGCAACCUAAUCCUAUAUCAACAUCUGCCGCAAAAGUAUCCCUAAGAGAAAACAAGGAGCCUGAACCAUCUGAGAUACAACAUUCCUCUAAUGUGCUCACAAAAAACUCAUUUGGAUUUAGCACUGCUAGCGGGAAGCAAGUAUGCGUUUCAGAAGAUGCACUGCAAAAAGUUAAAUCCUUUUUUGAAGAGUUUGAUACAAAUGAAAAUUUAGAAGGUAAUCUUAAUGAAAAUCAAGACUCUGCAAGAAUUCAUACACUUAAUCCCUUACUGAACAAACAGCAUCUCAAAGUCUCUGUCACCAAGCUUGACCACAGACAGAAGAACACUGUUGAGGGAAAGAAAACGACUUCAACUAAGUCUUCCUGUAGUAGUAGCGUUCCACCGCCAGGUUUAGUAAAACACUCAACACCCCUCUACGGUGCCGGAUCAACACAUUUGUAUUUUACAUCAUCUCAUACUCCAGAAAAUGAGAUCGAGAUUGAAGCAGCAGAAAGCGCGAAAGCAUUCAUGGAUGAUGAAGAUCUGACAGAUGCUGAAUUAAAAGCCGAUGGUUUAUUUUUGUGUCCAGACAAACUUCCAAAUAUUAGAAAUGGAAAAAGGUUUCGGUCCGAUGAUGGAAUGGGACGCGGAGAGCCACCCAUCAAAAGGCAACUUUUACCAGAGUUUGACCGAUCUUUGGAGAACGAAUCCAAACCUGCUUUGAAGCCUCUCACAAGCAGUCCUCACGAGCGCCUAAAGGACAGAAGGAAGUUUCUCUACAAGACUUCCUUACAACCAUUAUCAUCUGAUCCUGCCAGUUUCUCAAAAGGAAAAGAGGCUACCCCGGAAACUAUGCAUGCUCCUCCCAGCUAUGCUCAUUCCAAAUUGAUUGGUUCCAGAAGCUCUUUACCAGGCAGUUCAGCACACAUUUCAGCCGAUUGUAGAAAUGAUCGAGACAACGCGUCGAAAACUGUAACAACCUCAUUUGUAACCCCUUUUAAGAAGGACCCCCACGUAUCUUCAGGUAAUCAAAUGGUUAACUCUCCAAGACAAGACCAGGAUUACAGCAGAGGUCUUCUAAGUAAGAGUCGUAUGGAAGUCGGGGCAUCACAGAAGGAUGAAUCAGGGCCAGAUUUCUCCAAUUUGGUAGAAAAUAUCUGCUGUGCCAGAGAUAUGCAAGAGAUGAGAAUACGAAAGAAACAAAGACAGAAGAUUAAGCCACAACCUGGAUCUUUAUACCUACAAAAAACCUCAUCUGCCAAAAGAAUUGAUCUGGUAACGGCGGUCGAAGAGAGGCAACCGACCGUAUAUACUCAGGCCGAGUUGUACAGAUGCGGUGUUAUCAAGAAUCACAUUGGAAUUAACAGUGAAACCGCGAGGACCUUUGAAUUCCACUGUCUGGAUUAUUUCACAAGAGAACGUUUCCUGUCCGAAGGCGGAGUGCAGAUAGCUGAUGGCGGCUGGCUGGUACCCACCGAUAAACUGUCCGCUGGCAGAGAGGAGUUCUACAGAGCCCUGUGUGACACUCCAGGGGUAGAUCCCAAGCUAAUCGGUCCAGAGUGGGUGUACAAUCACUACCAAUGGAUUGUGUGGAAACUGGCGGCCAUGGAAGUGAAGUUCCCUAUGACCUUUGCUGGCAGAUGCUUGACACCGGACAGAGUGCUCUUACAGCUCAAGUACAGAUACGAUGUGGAAAUUGAUAAAUGUCGACGAUCAGCUGUCAAAAAGAUAAUGGAGAGAGAUGACACGCCAGCUAAGACACUGGUUCUUUGCAUUUCUAAAAUCCUUACACUGGGAAACUAUGAAACCAGUGAUACAAAGCAGACGUCUGCUAUCAUUGAGGUGACUGAUGGCUGGUAUGGGAUCAAGGCACUUCUGGACCCUGCUCUUACGUCUCUGCUGAAGAAAGGACGAAUGUUCAUAGGCCAGAAGAUAAUUGUACAUGGAGCAGAACUGGUGGGCUCAGAUGACGCAUGUACACCCCUUGAAGCUCCGGAUUCUCUUAUGUUAAAGAUUGCAGGAAACAGCACUCGACCUGCCCGUUGGUAUACCAAACUAGGCUAUUUUCAUGACCCCAGACCUUUCUGCCUCCACCUGUCCUCACUUUUGGCUGAAGGCGGCAUUGUGGGGUGUGUGGAUGUUCUUAUACAAAGGAGUUACCCCAUACAGUGGAUGGAAAAAAUGGGCAAUGGGACGUAUGUGUUUCGUAAUGAGCGUGCAGAAGAAAGGGAGGCAGAAAAACACUCGGUCAAGCAGCAGAAGAAUCUGGAAGUCUUGUAUGUCAAGAUUCAGGAAGAGUACGAAAAAGAGCAAGUUUCUGCUCCGAAGAGAAGACCAAGACGUCAGUCUUUAAGUGAACCACAGAUCCGCGCGCUCCAGGAUGGUGCAGAGCUCUACGAAGCCCUUCAGAACGAGCCCGACCCUAGUUACCUGGAGUCUUCUCUAAGUAGUGACCAGCUGCGGGCCCUAAAUAAUCACAGACAAGUAUUAAAUGACAAGCGGCAGGCGCAGAUCCAGGCUGACUUCAGGAAGGCCAUUGAAUCCUCGGAGCAGGAACCUGGUGGCAGUGCGCGGAGGGACGUUACUCCAGUAUGGAAGAUUCGGAUUGUGGAUUACAAAGACCAUGACUGCACCUCUGCCUACAUGUUAAACAUAUGGCGACCAUUACCUGAUGUAGUGUCACUGCUAAAGGAAGGAGGACGUUUCAAGAUAUAUCAGCUGGCAGCUUCCCAGUCAAAGGGAAAAUCGGACACUGCUGCGGUGCAGCUGACCGCCACCAAGAAGACACAGUUCCAGCAGUUGCAGCCCCUACAGCACCUUGAGCAGAUUUACACCGACAGACAAGUGACACCGAUCAGUCACUUCCUGGAGCCUCAUUUCACAGCUGCAUACGGAGAAGUGGAUGUGGUGGGACUGGUGGUCUCCACACAACAAAAACCAGGUGCCGCUCCGUUGGUUUAUAUGUCGGAUGAGACAUGUAAUGUUGUGGCGUUAAAGUUCUAUACGGAUCUCGGACAGCUGGCCUUGGAAGAGCUCACCAGACCACACACUUUCAUCUCUGCUGCUAACCUUCGCUGGAGGUCAGAGUACGUGUCUGGAGUUCCUACAGUGUUUGCUGGAGACCUGUCCUUUGUUACGGCGAAUCCCAAAGAGCAUCAUCUACAAAAAGCUAUUCAAAAACUGCGUCAGUCCAUAGAGUCUGUUCCAGAAUUUUGCAAAGAAAUGGAGAACAAACUGAUGAACGUCCUGCAAGCUCAAAACCCACAGGACAGAGCGUCUUUAGCGUGCUGCAGUGUGGAUCCGCGCUCUCAUCUAGUAGCAGGAAGCAGAUGUUCUACACCAGGGCCAAAAAUCAAUAAUCUCCAAAUGAAACCCGUGUCGACACCUGCUGGAAGCAAUACAGUUUUGAACACAAGUAUGGAAUUCGACCCGAAGACCUGCAAGAAGAUGAAAGGAUUGGAUUAUCUGAGUCGAAUACCAUCCCCUGCCCCCCUAACUCCAGUGGGGACAAUACUAUCGCCUUCAAUACAAAGGGCAUUUCGGCCUCCUCGGAGCUUACACAAAGAAGAUCGAACAUGUGCAAAGACCACUCCAAAUCCAGACUCUAGUACCCCAGGUAAACUAGAAGGAGGGUUCGUUGCAGAUGAAGAGCUGGCCAUGAUUAAUACACAAGCUCUUGUAUCGGGAUUAGAAGGGGGCGGCAAACUGACUUCUGAACGGGACAUUCAGAAGAAGAUAACCCCCAACGUCAACUGUCCAGAAAGUGGAAAGGCCCAGGUGACUGAAGAAGAACCUCAGGUGCCUUACCAGAGACGACUGUGCAGGAAAAGAAAGCAGAAGCCCUGAAAGUGUAAUAAUAUAACGGGACGUGGGGAAAAGAGGGACGGAGUCUGUAUAUAUGUUUAAUAUGUUUAAUAAUCUGUACAGUUAUUUAUAAAAAGUUCUCUGUAAAAUCUGGUUUCUUAUAAAAAAAAAAUCUAUGAAAGUACAAGAAAGGAAAGGAGCAUUUGUAGACACAGAAUCAAAGAUGACAUAACACAUAAUAAAGAUGCUGUUAAUUAGGAAAGAUUCGCAGGGAACGACUACAUUGGUCAAAAAACUGCAACAAGUGGAGCUGAGCUAUAGUACAAAGCAGGACCCCCUAUAAUUAUACACUGAAACCGCCUUUCUUAAAUGUAGCUGUCCAACAUACUGUUUUCAAGUGUUCACCAUUUCAAGACCUCUGCUUACUUUCAUAAAAUGGAAAAAAAAAAUGUAAGGUGUUUGUUACAGUGUAUCAGUGAGGGUACAAACCAUCAGAUGCAGAUACACUGUAUGAACACCUCACUUGUGAGAGGGCAUUCAGCUCCUGCAUAUAAACAAGACUGUUUCAAUUCAUUGACUGCAAACAGACCUUAAAUAUAGUGAGAACUUGAUGCACAAAGUGCUUUUAUAAAAGUUUCCAUCGUACAGUGACUAAUGGUCCUGACAAUGUUUGUAGAAAUACCAGUCCCAGUAACUGACCUGAGCAAAGGCUCUUUCCUCGGGUGAUCGUGUCUGGGCAGCAGAUCGUCCUGUACAAAACAGGGAUCUGCUGACCGGACACACUGAGACUCUAUGGGGACAAGCGAUUGUACAGAUAGGACUCCGGCAGAGCAAACUUAAAGGGCAUCUGUCAGCAGAUUUGUACGGCCUCGUUUGGAGAUCCAGCAGGCUGACCGGUGCAGUGAGGUCCGGCAGUGAUCUGGUAAUCCGUUGCAUGGCCCUCUCCACUUUGAUUGUCAGGACCAGGUGUGAACAUGGUUUCACUGCCUGGUCCUGUCAAUCAAAGUACAGAGGACGCGGCAGUUGCAGAGAGAGCAGAGCCUCUAGGUGUAAUGACAAC